AGUGCGCUGCUGCCGUUUUUGCACGGGUGCACGCGACACGAGCUCCGAGAUAGCAGCGGGCGCACGGAGCGGCAGCGGCCCCGACAGCGGCGCACAGUGGCGGACUAGCGCGCUCUAGACUGACGUGACCCGAGCGGAGGUGACCGAGCCGCCGCGUGGAGCGAUGACGCGCGCGCCGGCCGCCUGGGCCGGCCUCUGUCUGCUGGCCGUGGCCUGGUCGCUGACACACGCAGACGCCAGCCGCAGCUCUGGCAAAGGCAGCAAGUGGUGGGGAGUGAUCCACCUGGCUGAUGACACAUCGAAAGCGGAGGACCCGACGCUCUCCAACGACCUGCGCAGCAACCGAAUGCGGGGCGCCUACCCGGGCUACCCGCUAGACCCGAUCAGCUCUCUGCGGAAGAAGCAGCGCCGCCUGGCCAGAGAGAACCAGGGCGUGAUCGGCGCAGUGGCGCGCGGCACCCGAGCCGCCGUCACCGAGUGCCAGCAUCAGUUCCGCAACCGGCGCUGGAACUGCCCCACGCAGGAGAGGAUGAGAGGAAGGAGACUCUUCGGCAGGAUCGUCAACAUAGCGUGCCGGGAGACGGCGUUUCUGUACGCUAUGACGUCUGCCUCGGUGACCCAUCACGUGUCGCGGGCGUGUGCUGAGGGCAGCGUGCGUUCCUGCUCGUGCGGCUACAGCGGCCGGCAGCCGAGCGGCCCCGACUGGCAGUGGGGAGGCUGCUCGGACAACAUCCAGUUCGGCUACCGCUUCUCCAGGCGCUUCGUCGACGCCAGCGAGCGCGGCAGGGACAUGCGCUAUAUGAUGAACAUCCACAACAACGAGGCCGGCCGCAGGGCCGUCUCCGGACAGAUGCAGCGCCAGUGCAAGUGUCACGGCAUGAGCGGCAGCUGCACAGUGAAGACCUGCUGGAUGCGCCUGCCCACUCUGCGGGAAGUCGGCGACAACCUGAAGGCCGAGUUUGACGGCGCCACGCACGUGCGCGUGCCCAACACGAUCCAGAACAGCCGGCGCUCGCGCCGCCGGCGGCGCCGCUACAACUUCCAGCUGCAACCGCUGAAACCGCACCACAAGCCGCCAACGCGCAACGACCUCGUCUACUACGAGGACUCGCCCGACUUUUGCACCAAGAACCAGCGGCUGGGCUUCGGCGGCACGGUCGGCCGGCUCUGCAACGACACGUCGAGCGGCGUGGACGGCUGCGAGCUCAUGUGCUGCGGCCGCGGCUACCACACCCAGGUGAAGGAGGUGCUGGAACACUGCGAGUGCACGUUCAAGUGGUGUUGUGAUGUCAAAUGUAAGGUGUGCAGGACCCGGAAGGUGGAGCACCGGUGCUUGUAGGUGUGUGCGUCUGUGUGUCUGUGUGUUUGCGUGUCUGCGCAGUAGGCUGUUUUGUGUGUGAUGAGGGAGGGGUCGGGUGGGAAGAGAGCUCUGAGUCGGGCUGUCGGAGAUGCAUUUGCCAAAUAUUGUCGCCAGAAGCGUUGGGCUUGCUCCCGGGAUGCUCCGGAUGUCUCCUUGUUGUGUGAUCGUGGGUCGCCCCAGGUCACAGCCGGCGACCUCGGCUCACUGCUGGUUGUUUCAGUCCUGGGCAGGAGCCGACUGGCUGCGCCGUACGGUGACGAGAGACGGGAGAUUCUAGUCAAAGGGCAGCUUCUGGGAACAAGCUGCGAGAUGUGUUAUUGAGUGACCACUGGACACAUUUUGAGUGUUCCUCGGACUUGCCUGGGGGUGUUUUUCCUCAGCUACACAGCAGCAGCUUUCUGAAACAGCUAUGCGAGGCUGUAGCUGUUAUCAGAUCGCUCUCUCUGACUGCAUGAACGUCAGCACAUUCACGUUUUGAUCGUGCUACUUCGCUGUGUCUCAUCCCCAUGCACACAUUGUAAUGUCCUCAUAGCAUUGUGUCGUGUCUGCUCUCUUCGCUCAACCUCGGAGAUACUCUGCCAUAUUUUCUAUUUUGACUGACUACAAAUGUUAUAUAUGACCUGUCCCUUUUUACUGUUACACCUACGGCGGCAUGCAGAAUGUCGGAACGUAUUUUCCACUGCACCGAAUCUCCGCUGUUAUACUGUGAUAUAGGUAGGUAUUAUUUAAUAAAAUGUCUCAUGUAUAUGUGUACCCGGCUCUUCCUAGUGUGUGCCAAAGGGCAUCGUCACCCGGCACAGCCAAACUAGACAUCGGCCAAAUAGCUUUAGCUCUCACCAUGAGUGUGUUUGUGUAUUUAUUUGUGGCGACCCCGACUCAUAGUGAGUGUGUUGGAAGCAUCGGCUAUAGGCCAGCAGCCGGGCGAUGCUGCUGACAAAUGCAUGCUCCAACGUGUACAUAGAUAUAUCGACAUGAAUAUACAUUUUCCAUGUGAA